AUGAUCAACAUCGCACUCUCAGCUCAAGUUCAGCCCCUCAAGCGUCUGCAAGAGCUCCCUGCUUCGAAGAACAUUCGCAUCCAUCUACUCUUCUACGACUUCGGCAUGGACCGCGCAGGCCUGCAGAAGUACAAGAACAUUCUCGAGGAACUUGGUCCACUGCUGUACGAUAUGAAGGCGCAGAAUAAGGUUAUCAAAUCGACGAAGUGCGAAAAUCGUCAUAGGUGGGCCCAACUAACGCGAUAUGAGCCCCAGACAAAAGACAAUAUAAUGGAGGCGCGGGAUCUUCUGGGCUUCUAG